AUGGCAUUCACGGAUUACAUCAUUGUUGGCGGAGGAGCUGCCGGUGGAGUUCUGGCGAAGAGGCUUGCUGAAGAUGCUGAAAAGUCUGUCGUCCUAUUGGAAUCAGGUCCGGUCGAUGACAAUCCGUUUAUUCAUAUCCCUGUGGCUUUUGGCAAACUCUUCAAGACGGACUUGGAUUACCAGUACUUUACAGAGCCUGAACCCACUUCUGGCAAUCGAGCCAUGUUUUGGCCACGAGCAAAAGUCCUUGGAGGGUGUACAAGCAUGAAUGCCAUGGUAUAUAUUCGAGGAAACAAGGGUGACUAUGACCGAUGGGCAGAAACUACUGGUGACGCAUCUCUCGCUUACGAUGCAGAUGCCCUCAAAUACUUUAAGAAGGCAGAGCACAACGAACGUGCGUCAAUCCGAGACCCUAGCAUGACCAAACUCCACGGGGUUGGCGGGCCACUAAAUGUAACUGAUCGUGUUGUCAACGUCAUUUCUGAAGCUUUGCUGCAAGCAGCAGUCCAACGUGGUGGCGCUCCAUUCGUGACCGACUUGAAUACUCCAGAGCAGGAAGGGAUUGGAUAUGUACAGACCACAACAAAGUAUGGUUUCCGUGCAGGGACAGCUCGUCAGUAUAUCCGACCAGCAUUGGCGGCAUGCAAUAACUUGAAACUCGUAACGAAUGCACAUGUCACUCGCUUGGUUUUUUCUGGAGAUAGUAAUCCAACUGUUGUUGGUGUGGAAUAUAUGGACAAGACGUCCAAAACUAUUAAAACUAUCAUGGCUAAAGAGACUAUUCUCUGUGGUGGUGCUUUGAAUUCUCCUCAGUUAUUGAUGCUCUCAGGCAUUGGUCCACGUGAACAGCUGGAGCAACAUGGCAUCAAAGUCGUAGUUGACUUGCCAGCAGUUGGCGAGAAUAUGCAGGACCACUUGUUGUGCUCUGUUUGUCACGAGGCUUCACAACCCGUAUCGAUUGCUCUCGCUGAAACAGACGCAGAAGAAUCAAUGAGGCAGCUACAGCUCUUUGGAACUGGCCCAUUAUCAUCCAACAUUGCCGAAAUCUGCGCAUUCUACAAGAUUCGAACAGACAAAAUCGGGUCAGGUGGAGAUGACUUGUUUGACCACUCGCUUGCAUAUCCGACUAUGCAAACCCACAGUGCUGGAUCGUUCUAUCUGGAACAUGGUUUCAAGAACCCUCAACCACCGCAGAAUCCUCAUGGAAUGUUCCUCGCUCCUGGAGUAGUUCGACCAACAUCUGUUGGAAAGGUUGUUCUUGCAUCCGCAGAUCCAUUCGAAAAUGUCAAGAUUAUUCCCAACUAUUUCAGCACUCCUGAGGAUAUUAACGUGAUGGUAAACGGAAUCAAGCUAGCUCGUGAAAUAUAUCAACAAGAAGCAAUGAAAAAGUAUCUCGGACCAGAGAUCGCUCCUGGCCCAUCAGUACAGACUGAUGCCCAACUUGAAGAAUACGCACGUAGUUUCAGCGAAACCAUCUACCAUCCCACGUCCACUUGCAAGAUGGGGUCAUCACCUUCAGAUUCAGUGGUUGAUACCAAAUCGCAUCGAGUACACGGUGUUCAAGGCAUCCGAGUCUGUGAUGCCUCUAUAAUGCCCGAUGUAAUCACUGGAAACACGAACGCACCAACAAUCAUGUUGGCUGAGCGAGCUGCUGAUUAUAUUGUCAAGGACGAUAUGAUUACGAUUGAAAAAGUCAGGAAGACACACCAGUUCUUUGCUUGA